AUGGCAGAGAAUGCAAAAAGAAGCUGCAGAAGCAGCUCGCGCCGUGAUUCCUCACCUCCCGUGCAGAAAGCAAGGAGAGCGGCUCCUUUGACUUGCUUGGACGUUGAUCCCUUUGCUUGUCUCCGGCUCUACGUGGUGGGCUCUCCCCUCAUGGAGGAGGAGGACAUGUACCUGGACCUCUUUCUGGACCCGUAUACAGUCCAGGAUGACUUUCCUCCAGCUGUGUCUCAACUGUUCAGCCCAGGGGCGCCUUUAGAUGUGCACCCACUUAAUCCAUCCACCCCAGAGACUGUGUUUAAUUCACAUCUUGGCAGAGUCAAAGAAACAUCCAGUGACUUUUCAUCUAUGGAUUUAAGCUUCUUACCAGAUGAGUUUCCCCAAGAAAACAAAGACCAGACUGUCAUUGGAAACAAGCAAGAAACUGAGCAAAGUUGUGAAACUCAAGAUCAGCAAAAUCAGUUGCUGUUGCCUGGUUGGGAGGACAGUGGGCUGAGCUUAAAUAGCUCCAGUUCACGAGAUCCCCAUUCCCACCUGCGCUCUGAUGGUGCUGACUCCAACCAGCCCUCUCCAGAAAAACUAAACUCCAAUGCCUUACCUGUGGCAUCCAUAGUGUCCAUGACACCAAUGAUCCCUGUUCCAGAAGGCUCUGGAAUUGUGCCUCAAUUACAGAAUGUAGUUUCCACUGCAAAUCUGGCUUGUAAAUUGGAUCUGAGGAAAAUAGCUCUGAAUGCCAAAAACACAGAAUAUAACCCUAAGAGGUUUGCUGCAGUCAUAAUGAGGAUCCGAGAGCCAAGGACAACAGCCCUCAUUUUUAGCUCUGGGAAAGUGGUCUGCACAGGAGCCAAAAGUGAAGAGGAGUCUCGACUGGCAGCGAGAAAGUAUGCUCGAGUGGUGCAGAAGCUUGGCUUCCCCGUCCGAUUCCUCAAUUUUAAAAUUCAGAACAUAGUUGGAAGCUGUGAUGUGAAGUUUCCUGUCAGGCUGGAGAUUUUGGCGCUAACCCACCGCCAGUUCAGUAGUUAUGAACCUGAACUGUUUCCUGGCCUUAUUUAUAAGAUGGUAAAACCACAAGUGGUGUUGCUCAUCUUUGCAUCUGGAAAAGUUGUGUUGACAGGUGCCAAAGAGCGUUCUGAGAUCUACGAAGCAUUUGAAAACAUGUAUCCUAUUCUAGAAAGUUUUAAGAAAACCUGAGUGUAUCAUUGGGCUUCUCAUAUUGUAGUGAUUUGGAUAUGUGCUUAAGCACAGCAGAGAAAGAGCGGGAUUUCUUCUACAU